AUGGGCCAUUCGCCUGUCGAACCUCCUCAAUCCGCCUCGGACAAACCGACGGGGCAGCUGCAGUCGAAUGAUUCCUCACCUGGGUCUUCACUCGCCGCACUCCCACGAGUGGCGGGCCAACAACAAACAGAUGAAGCGAACGGAGACUCUGUGUCAUCCCCUCAUCCUCCCCGAAAGUUCCUACCACAGCCUGUUGAGACAUCAUCGCGUAGCUCUCACAUUCCGAAUUCAAAAAACAGCACCGACCCUUCGUCACCCAAAGAAGCUUCACAAGAUGUCCGACCUCGCAGGAGACUCCUGCCGGAGCCCGUUGAAACUACAAAGACAAGCCAUCGAGGAUCCUCCAUAGGGAAGCAGAAAAUUACUCCACAUGUCUCCUCUACAGUACCCAGAAGGUUCAAACCCGAAAUAAUUGAGACGGAGUAUCGUUCGGCCCAAGGAACACCGGCCCGUUAUGCACGGCUCCGAGGGGAUCGGCCAGAUGCACCUGGCAGAGCAUCUCGACUAAGUCCCAACCGUGGAAUCUUUGACCCAUCAGAAUCGAAAUUCUCAUACGCAAAUCUUCUCCGCCGGCAUGAAUUACGGCGCCAUUCAUUUCGAGUCCCAGAUCUCCCAUCUAUUCCAUCGAAUAGCAGUGAAGACUCCGAUGCUUCUUCUGAGUCACCUUCAUCGUCAUCAGCUCCAGAGAAGCUAGUUGAUUUACACCCAGAACUUCGAAGGGACGGUCAGUUAUUCCAAGAAAGUCGCCAAGGUGGGCUUUCUGAGUACUUGCUCCAGCUUGCGGCUCGAUCUGCACAUCAACAACUGAAGGACCAGACACUGGCUGCCUUCCCCAACGAGCAGAAUUACCAGCCCGUCGAUCACUUUGCCAUUGACGAGGAGACCAGAGAUUCUGAAGAAGAAGAUUGUAUUUAUCCUCCCAAGCAUCAUAUCAAAUCCCGCAGACAGUCCUCCGCAGACCUUUCCUGGGAGCUGGAGUAUAUGCGUCAACACAAAGAAGAAGCCGAGCAACGACUCAGGAUAAUGGCAUCAUCAAGAAAGCCGGACCUGAAGCCUUCUGUGCAAAGGUCUGGGGAACGCCCGGGACCCAACCCCCCGAUGCUAGGAGAUGAUAUCAUCAUACCGCAGAGUCUCUCUCCGCAGGGGACAUUCUCUGAAACGGUCAGCGCGGAAAGUGGCACACAGGCAGAAUCAGACCCAUGCACGGGGUGUGGUGGUCUCUGGUGUGGACCAACUCGCCCGGGGGGUGGCGGAGAGAUGGGUCUUUGGAUGGGCACUUGUCGCAAGGAUGAGGGUCAUGACCGGGAAACGCAAACCCUGUCCGGCAUUAUGACCCCUAUGGCGUUGGACGAUGAGCCCGGGAUGAGCCCCAGCCCUUCCCAUACCUCUCGCGUGGCUCGAAAAGAUUGGGCAGACCAACCUACGCCCCGCAGUAUUCCCACGAACCCUUCAAAGUCUCUAGAAGAUGAGUUCCAUGAUGGGUUUGUCACGCAGAUCUACAACUAUAUCUCUCUUGGUUACCCCUGUGUUGCUCGCUACUAUGAUCAUGAGCUCAGCCGAAUAUCAGGAAUCCACGUCGACGAUCUUCGACGGGACGAUUUGCAUACCAAUGCUAAAGGGUACGUUAUGGCACCUGAAGAUGAUCUAACGGCGGCUUGCACUCGUUGGAAGGCUCUUCGUCUCUACAUACGUGAAUGGGCUCGACAGCAGCCGAGCAUGGCGGAAGAUGACACUUUUGAAGCUUGGGGAGUCCCUGAGCGACGAGGAAGUUGGGCAAUCUGA